CAUGCUGCCGCAAACUUGUGAAAACCUCCUGAGAGUGACGGACUUUACCGACUGAACGGACUUAAUUACCAUAAAUGCGAAGUAACAGUUGUUUAUUGGACUAUAUUCACUCAGUGGAACAAACUAUCGACCAUGAAUGGGAAAUGAAAACGGGACUAAAAUAAGCUAACGACUUUCCUUUAGCUACAUGCAGCAGCUAAGCUAGGACAGUAAUGAUGGACAAAGAUUCAGCAGUCCUCCAGGGUGCCUUCCUCCUGGCUGAUAAGCUGUGUCUCCCCUCAUCCCUGUCCUCCCUUGAAAAAGCUGACUGGAGCAGGGUGGGUCGUCCAGUCCUGGAGGCAGUCAGAGAAAUCUGUGGACAGGAUGAACUCAGUGGUCAUCUCCACUCUGUGGCUGGCUGCUGGAGAAAGAAAAUAGUUUGUGUUGUGUGGUUGAAGCUGUUGUGCAGACAGGCUGAAGAGGAUGUAGAGACAUCGUGGAGGGAGAAUCCUUUCUUCCCUCUCCAGAGUGGCCUCCCUGAGGUCAACCAUGUUGUCCUGCUGGAGCUGGUGAGGUCAAUGGAAGCUGCAGAUGUUUUUGCCAAUUUCCUUCUAUGUCUUCCUCAAUCUCAGAUCUGUGUUGAACUUGAAAGGCUAAUACAGUAUGUGAAAAGCAGCCCUACUAGAGAGGAGGAUGUUCGGCUUUUUCUGGAGGUGUGGUGGGAACUGUGGAAGGGCAGAAGCGAACAGAAAGUAGGAGGAGGAGAGGAAAGCAUAGAGGCGAUGUUUGCCAACCAGUUUGCUCGUCUGUCCUCUAAGUCCUCCAGUGUGUCCCCUCAGGCUGCCAAGAGGUUAAAGCUAGACACAUCAGAUAAACUUGCAUCUUCACCAAGCACUGAUGUCCUGCACAUUCUCCUUCACGCACUUAAAGACAUGAAAGAUCACAUAUCCUCAACAGAUCUCUGUCUCCAAGCCCUCUCCAUUUCCCUUGAUUCUCUUUACACAACCUUACUUAUAGACAGAGAGGUCUCACUUCCAACCAAAGAGAAGAUGCACCUGUUGUCUAAAGCCGUCAGCAUCAAAGAAAAGAAUUAUGACAGACUGAGUCCUGAACUUAUUCAGGAGGCGCAGAGAGACUUACGUGCCUCUCACACACCGUCUCAGUUUCAACCCACGAAGCUGAAGCUUGGGGAAGCCUUGAAGAUGAUAACAGACCUCACACAGUUCUGGCUCAACAGUGGCCUCCUGAGAGCGUAUGACAGCGCUAAUCUUAGUUACUCUGCUUUUAAACUAGAACAAAGUGUCCAGAGAGUUCUGCCUGAGACGGAUGUUCAAGAGACUGAGAAGAAUAUACUCAGAGAUUUGCUGAAGUCACUGGCUUUCUCCGACACACAGACAACCCCCGAGGUGGAUGCAAAGGUCACUAUGAUCAUCAUAAGUCAUCGCCUGGAAGACUAUCAGAACUUUGCUGUGUUAUUUGCCAGCGAGAGGAGCUGGGCCUCCUGUGACGAGCACUGGCUGGACUGCCUGGAAAAGAACCAGGCGGCCUUCAGGCAGCACAUUACGCUGCUCGGCCUCGCCUCCACCCUCAUGACUAAACUCCACAGCGGGGGCUCAGAUGUGAGCCAGUGCAGGAAGCUAAUGAAAGUCACUGCAGACAUUUUCUCAGCACUUUCGUUAGAAGACAAGAACAAAUCGUUGGCUGCCAUGUUGAGAUUGUCCCCCAGGGGUUUUUUUGGGCACCCUGUUCCCUCUUCUGUAACUGAUGGAUUUGAGCAGGAGCUCAACAUGGCAUUCAACUGCAUCAUCCAGGGAGGGGGUGGAGCGACAGCAGCAGUGUCGCAGGGCAAUCUGAACACAGCGGCCUCUUUAGUGGCUCGAGUGGCCUUUCAGAACCCAGAAGCCGCUUUGAGGUCGUGUUGUCACUCAGCUGUUUUCAACAAGGGGGCUUUCUCUCUUAUGGCUCAGAUCCUCCAGCUGCUGCCUGGACUCAGGAGACAGAAGGGAAGAAAAGAUGAAGCUGAACGUCAUGAAAAAGAAAGAAAAGAGGCAGAGGAAAAUAUAGAUGAAGGAAAGGAUGCUUGGAGUGGGAGCAGCCUGCUCUGCAGGUGUCUGCAGGACAUGAUCAAGAACAAAUCAUUGUUGGCCAGUGAAAAGGAGCAGCUCCUCAAGUUCCUGGGUCUCCUGAUGAUGCCAGUCAUAGAAGUGGAGGGAGAAGAAAGGAAGCAGUGUUUUCUGCCUCCUCAGGAGGUCGUGAACAUCUUUGUCCUGCCGAACCUUUCCACUACGGCUCACAGUUCCUGUGAUAUAGAACUGAGUGUACAACUUCUCCACACUGCUCUGUGUGUGGAUGUCCAGGAUCCGGCUUCUUCUCCUCACUGGGUGCUGGACUGCUCUCCCUUUCCCCUGCUUUACGUCCUGGCACAGCUGCACAACCAGGCUCUCAGGUUCUGGGAGCAGCCACCAGAGGGCGCUGUCCACCACUGGUCCAUGGACACCAUGGAGCUGCUGGUGUUGGUGCUGGCCACACUGGGGGAGGUGAUGGGUGCAGAGGUGGCGGCGGCCCCCAGCAGCUGGUCCAGAGCUCUUUUCUGGCUCUACAAUAAGAUGGAGGAACUGGACUGGACAGUCAGGUUCCACCUGAAGCCCGUGUGGGGGGAGCACUUUAAAAAUGAAGUUCCUUCAUCUCUGCUGGCCGUGUGUGAUUUACCUGAGCAGGACUGGUCCGGUUUGGACCUGCCUCAGUACGGCCAGGGCAGCGGCCUUCUGGCCUGGAUGGAGUGCUGCUCCAUAUCGGACUCCCUGAAGUCCACCAUGUUGUCCUGCCUCUCUCUGGACCAGCGCCGGCCCGACCACGUGGGCAUGUUCAGCAAAGGGCUGCUGGUGGCUCUGACCCAGACUCUCCCAUGGUGCUCCGUCUCCCAGUGGUCCCGGCUGCUGGGCGUCCUGAGGGAGCUCAUCACCUCCGGUCGCCUCCACGUCCCCUUCUCGCUCGAGUACGUGGACUAUCUUCCCCUCCUGGAUCUGAGGAGGUUUUCGUGUGAGCUCCGCCUGUCGGUUCUCCUGCUGCGAGUCCUUCAGCUGCUCUGCGGGUCCAGCUGCUCACACUGGCUGUCAGCGCCGCACGGCUGGGCGCACGUCGGCAGGUUAUACGCCCACGCCGUGAGGGAGAUGAUGAGCUCAGUGAGAGCCAAGCUGCCUCUUCCAUCAUCUGGAGCCUGGGCUGUCUCGGCUUCAACGCCUCCUAAAGCCCCAACACCUAGAGACUCAAAUCCUCCCUGCUCUUCAGACAAAGCCUCGAACAUGUCCUCAGACGCAGAAUCGUCUGCUGUGAAGUCAGAGGAGUCACAAAUGGAGAAGGAGGUGGAGACAGCUCCCAGCCAGGAAGUCCUGUUUGUUCUCAGCCAGCUCUUCUGCCAUGUUCAGCACAUCCAGGUGAUGAUGCCCGGAGGUCAGUGUGAACCGCUGUUCCUGUCCAGUCUGGAAAUCCUCAGCCACUACGAAGCCAUCAUGGCCGCCUUUCCAGAGAGCAGCAGCCCGCUGGAGAGCGACAACACCCGGCACUUCUUCACCACCAUCACGGACAACCUGGAGAACCAGGAGAUGAAGGUCGUGCUGCAGCAGAAGAUCGCUCAGCUCGUGUCGGCAGACGCACGCUGAUUUUUUUUUUUUUUUUCAAUCGGGGUUAUGAGGGUUCAAACAGUCGAAACUCCGUCUGUAGAUUUCAGAUCGGUGUUACACACUGUACUCAGCUGAUUUAUGGAGUUACUGCAAAAUGACGUGUUUGUAAUCUGAUUCAAUAAAAAGACAACAUUUCACAGCAAACGUGUUUUUGUGCUGCCUCAGUCACAAUCAUUUCUACUCUGAAAUGAAACAUAAACAAUAAUUCAAUUCUUUUACUUUAUU